UUUCGUUGUUCUUUCUUUUUUAUUCUUUCUUUCAUUUCAUUUAAACCUCUGCUGCACCUCUCCGAUUUUCCCUUUUCCAUUUUUCCAUUCACAAAAUCGGAGCGGUGUAAAUACUCCUAAAUUCCUCCAUUUUUAUUUAUUUAUUUACUUUUUAUUCCAUUUAAAUAAUUUUUGAAGGAAUUGAAGAACUUGUGUGCAAGAUUAGUUGUUUAUUGGAAGAGAUUACAGAAAUCUGCUUACUGGAUUUCGAGAUUUUGUUAAUUAGGAGAAGCAGGCGUUGAAUUUAUAUAUAUAUAUAUAUAUAUAUAUAUAUAUAUAUGUUUGUUUUAUUUUAUUUUAUUUUGAAGGCUGAUUUGAGGCGGCGGCGGCUGGAGUUUGUGAUCUGAUUGAAAUUUACUGCAAAAAUGGUUGCUCCAGUCGCUUUAGGAGUCGGAUCUCUUGUGUGGGUGGAAGAUUCCGAUGAAGCAUGGAUCGACGGUGAGGUUUUAUCCGUUAACGGUGAAGAUAUCAAGGUGCUAUCUACAUUGGGCAAAACGGUUGUGGCAAAGUCGGCUAAUGUAUACCCGAAAGAUUCGGAAGCUCCACCUUGUGGGGUCGAUGAUAUGACAAAGUUGGCGUAUCUGCACGAACCUGGAGUUUUGGCUAAUUUGAAAUCCAGAUACGACAUCAAUGAAAUUUACACGUAUACUGGAAAUAUAUUGAUCGCCGUGAACCCUUUUCAAAGAUUGCCACAUUUAUACAAUAGUCAUAUGAUGGCACAAUAUAAAGGUGCAGCCUUUGGUGAAUUGAGUCCGCACCCGUUUGCUGUUGCGGAUGCUGCAUACAGGCUUAUGAGAAAUGAAGGAAUAAGUCAGUCGAUUUUGGUUAGUGGCGAAAGUGGGGCAGGUAAAACGGAAAGCACAAAAUUGCUUAUGCAAUAUCUCGCUUACAUGGGAGGACGAUCUAAAUCCGAGGGAAGGACAGUGGAACAACAAGUACUCGAGUCAAAUCCUGUUCUUGAGGCAUUUGGUAACGCAAAGACGCUGAGAAAUAACAACUCGAGUCGUUUCGGUAAAUUUGUGGAGAUUCAGUUUGAUCAAAUGGGUAAGAUAUCUGGGGCUGCCAUUAGAACUUACUUGCUCGAAAGAUCUCGUGUUUGCCAAGUGUCUGAUCCUGAGAGAAACUACCAUUGUUUCUAUAUGCUCUGUGCUGCACCCGAAGAGGAUAUGAAAAAAUACAAAGUGGGAGAUCCAAGAAAGUUCCAUUAUCUAAACCAGUCGAAGUGCUACGAGCUAAGCGGUGUCGAUGAAUCUAAAGAAUAUAUAGCAACAAAGAAGGCAAUGGACACUGUAGGAAUCAGUUCCGAGGAACAGGAUGCAAUAUUUCGAGUUGUUGCUGCAAUUCUCCAUCUCGGUAACAUCGAAUUUACAAAGGGGAAGGAAAUCGAUUCCUCCAUGCCUAAAGACGAAAAAUCUUGGUUUCAUUUGAAAACCGCAGCUGAAUUGUUCAUGUGUGAUGCAAAGUCUUUGGAAGAUUCCCUUUGCAAACGUAUAAUUGUGACUCGUGACGAGACAAUCACGAAAGAGUUGGAUCCAGAGGCAGCUGUUGACAGUAGAGAUGCUUUGGCUAAAGUUGUGUAUUCGAGAUUGUUCGACUGGCUUGUGGAUAAGAUCAAUAAUUCUAUCGGUCAAGAUCCCAAUUCGAAAUGCUUAAUUGGGGUGCUCGAUAUCUAUGGAUUCGAGAGCUUCAAGACUAACAGCUUUGAACAAUUUUGCAUAAACUUGACAAACGAGAAGCUUCAGCAGCACUUUAAUCAGCACGUUUUCAAAAUGGAGCAAGAAGAGUACACUAAAGAAGAAAUUAACUGGAGCUACAUAGAGUUCAUCGAUAAUAAAGACGUUCUUGAUCUAAUCGAAAAGAAGCCAGGUGGCAUUAUAGCACUUCUUGACGAAGCUUGUAUGUUCCCACGGUCAACUCACGAAACAUUUUCCCAGAAGCUGUACCAGACUUUCAAGAACCACAAACGCUUUAGCAAGCCCAAAUUAGCUCGUUCUGAUUUCACAGUUUCACAUUAUGCCGGUGACGUGACUUAUCAAACCGAGUUAUUUCUGGACAAAAACAAGGACUAUGUUAUUGCCGAACAUAAAGACCUCCUGUGUGCUUCCACGUGUUCGUUUGUUUCUCGUCUUUUUCCAGUCUCGAACGAGGAAUCCUCUAAACAAUCAAAGUUCUCUUCAAUUGGCGCGAGGUUUAAGCAACAAUUACAAGCUCUGCUCGAAACACUGAGUUCCACCGAACCUCAUUACAUACGCUGCGUAAAGCCGAAUAAUCUUCUUAAGCCAGCUAUCUUUGAGAACCAGAAUGUCCUUCAACAACUCCGCUGUGGGGGGGUUAUGGAAGCUAUUAGAAUUAGUUGUGCUGGAUAUCCUACAAAAAGACCCUUCUUGGAAUUUGUGCAUCGUUUCGGCAUUCUUUCUCCCGAGGUUUUAAAAGGAAGUACGGACGAGGUUGCUGUCUGCAAGAAGCUUUUGGAGAAAGUUGGUCUCGAAGGCUAUCAGAUUGGUAAAACUAAAGUGUUUCUGAGGGCUGGACAGAUGGCUGAGCUGGAUGCUCGUAGGACCGAAGUGUUGGGAAGAUCGGCCAGUAUUAUACAGAGGAAAAUCCGUUCUUACAUGGCUAAGAAAAAUUUCACGUUAUUGCGCCGCUCGGCAAUCUUUAUUCAAUCUGUAUGCAGAGGAGAACUUACACGAUGUAUUUAUGAGCGUACUAGGAGAGAAGCUUCUUGUCUCAAGAUUCAGAAAUAUUUGCGAAUGUAUCUUGCGAGGAAAGCAUACAAAGAGCUGCGAUUAUCUGCUGUCUCGAUUCAGACAGGGAUGCGUGGGAUGACGGCGCGUAAUGAGCUUCGCUUCAGACAGCAAACACAAGCAGCGAUUUUGAUCCAGAGUUAUUGCCGUGGCUAUUUAGCUCGUUCGAAAUAUAUUGAGCUGAAGAAAGCUGCACUUACUACACAAUGUGCGUGGAGGGGAAGAGUUGCUCGUCUAGAACUGCGUAAAAUGAAGAUGGCUGCACGAGAAACCGGUGCCCUGCAAGCUGCCAAGAAUAAAUUAGAGAAGCAAGUCGAAGAAUUGACUUGGAGAUUGCAGCUGGAGAAACGAAUGAGAGCUGACCUGGAAGAAGCGAAGACACGAGAGAACACGAAAUUGCAGACAGCAUUGGAAGAGCUUCAGCUUCAGUUCAAGGAAAGCAAAGCCGCGAUGUUGAAGGAAAUCGAAGCGGCAAAAGUGGCGGCAGCCGAGCAACAAAUUCCUGUAGUACAGGAGAUUCCGGUCAUCGACCAUGAAAUGAUGGAUAAGGUCACCGCCGAGAACGAAAAACUCAAGGCCGUAGUUAGCUCUCUCGAAACGAAAAUAGACGAAACGGAGAAGAAAUACGAAGAGACGAACAAACUUAGUGAGGAGAGGUUGAAGCAAGCUGUUGAGGCAGAGUCUGUGAUUGUUAAGCUGAAAACCAAUAUAAAUAGGCUCGAAGAAAAAAUUUCCGACAUGGAAUCCGAAAACAAGAUUCUUCGUCAGCAAUCGUUGUUAACUGCCUCUAAAUUAUUAUCAGAAAAUGCAUCACCUUUACCAACCAAGAUAUUGGAAAAUGGCUACCAUGCAAGUGAAGUGACUACAGUCAACGAUAUAUUAUUACAUACUCCGACAAAAGUUUACGAGACCCCCGACAGCAAACCUAGGAGGCCCCCAACCGACCGUCACCAUGAGGACGUUGAUACUUUCUUGGAAUGUGUAAUAAAAGACGUGGGCUUCAGCCAAGGCAAGCCCGUUGCAGCUUUCACGAUAUAUAAAUGCCUGCUGCACUGGAAAUCUUUCGAAUGUGAACGGACAAGCGUGUUCGAUCGACUUAUUCAGAUGAUUGGUUCGGCCAUUGAGAAUCAAGACAGCAAUAACGAUCACAUGGCUUAUUGGCUGUCAAAUACUUCGACGCUGUUGUUCUUGCUUGAAAAAAGUCUGAAACCUGCUGGGACAGCUGGCGCCACCCCAGUUCGUAAGGCACAACCACCAACCUCCCUAUUCGGGAGGAUGACUAUGGGAUUUAGGUCACCUUCUUCGACAAGCCUAGCUGCGGCUGCAGCAGCCAUUGAAAAGGUGCGACAAGUCGAAGCGAAAUACCCAGCUCUGCUUUUCAAGCAGCAGCUUAAUGCUUACGUUGAGAAAAUCUACGGCAUUAUUCGAGAUAACUUGAAGAAGGACUUGGGAGCAAUUCUUGCUUUAUGUAUUCAGGCACCAAGAACCUCGAAAGGAAGUGUGUUGAGGUCUGGUCGAUCUUUCGGCAAAGAUUCUCAAACAAAUCAUUGGAUGGCCAUCAUUGAUUGCCUCAACUCCCUGCUUAGUACACUCACAGAGAAUUUUGUUCCCCCGUUUCUUGUUCAGAAGAUAUUUACUCAAACGUUUUCAUAUGUCAACGUGCAACUAUUUAACAGUCUUCUUCUACGGCGCGAGUGCUGUACAUUUAGCAACGGAGAGUAUGUCAAAUCUGGUCUGGCGGAGCUAGAACUGUGGUGCUGUCAAGCAAAAGAAGAGUAUUCGGGCUCAGCUUGGGAUGAACUCAAACACAUAAGACAAGCCGUUGGCUUCUUAGUUAUACAUCAGAAGUACAGAAUAUCGUACGACGAGAUCAUCAACGAUUUGUGUCCUAUUCUGAGUGUACAGCAGCUGUACAGAAUAUGUACUUUAUACUGGGACGAUAACUAUAAUACACGAAGUGUGUCUACUGAAGUCAUAUCGAACAUGAGGGUGCUAAUGACCGAAGAUUCCAACACUGCUGUCAGCAACUCGUUUCUUUUGGAUGACAAUUCCAGCAUCCCGUUUUCAAUGGAUGAACUAUCGAGUUCACUCAGAGUGAAGGACUUUUUCGAUGUAAAACCUGCUACGGACCUUCUUCAGAACCCUGCCUUCGAAUUUUUACACGAUUAAGGCCAAGGGUACAUCUUUUUUUUUGCUUUCCGUACAGUUUGUUUCAACACGGAUACAUCGGAAAAAGAAAAAGAACAAAAAAAACUGUAAAUCCAUUAAAAAGAAAACCAUUUCUUUUA